ACUUUUGGUAGGUGUCAAUAAUAUAGCCUCUUAUACAAUCCGGCAACACUGUUGCCUACCGCACGACGGAGUAGUGGUGCUAUAGGGCCACUAAAUCUUGCUUGGCCAGCUCUCCUCACAGACCGUAGGGGUACGAACGAAUCGACAAAAGCUGCAAGUGCCAAGGAAAUUUCCUUCCCCGAAAAUACGAAAAGUGAACCCACCCGCAGCAGAGUGGCUCGCAGGUAACUAUUAUUGCCUAAUCCCCGUUCCGAAUGGCAGUCACAUUCGAUUGCGAGCUCCUUGCAGCUAGCCGCUAGCAGGUGCCGGUCGCAAAAAGUACUCUACGGUCGUCAACAACGGAUAACGGAAUUAACAGGCAUCGUGUUGUGUUGGACAUAAUUGGACAGACUUCCAAUCCUCUUGAUAGAAGGGGUCACCUUUAGCACACUUGGCAUACAGUGUAAAAGUGGUUUAGGAACAUUUAUAUUACAAUAUGAGUAGCAGAGACAGCAUCAGUUUGGCAAAGUUGAGAGGCCAAAAGUGGCGGCUUUUCUCCGAUAUUUCAAGUAAAUGGUCCGGAUUGGAUUCUGACGAUGAGGACACACCAAUCAGUGAACUCGGUGGAGACCACCGUAGCAAGACGUCUAAGUCACAUAGCAGUCAUCACAAGAACAGUAGCCGAAGUUCAGCGAGUGCGUCGCAAGGAUCCCAUGGUAGUAGCAGUACUCACCGGAACAGCGUCACUAGCCGACAAAGAGGAAGUGUUAUGCGCUUAGAUAAGGCUGAUAUGGGUUUGUACGGACUGUGCCCAGAAACCGAUCCUUUCUAUGCUGUAAUCUGUGAUAUUUGUGGCAGCGUGGUCAAACCACAGGGCCUUCAAAAGCAUAUGAUAAACCGUCACCAUUCCUACUACAACCACGCCACCAAGAAUUUAGCUUCAUUGGUACAUAGCAGUCGUGACCAUCACCACAAUCACGAGUUGACCUCCCGAAGUUCUACCAUCAGUUCUAGUGAUUCUAGUAGAUCAGAGAAGCACCAUCAAUCGUCCAGUGGCGGUAGCUCUUCUAAACACGAAGACUUGGAUAACACACCCCUCAAAAUCCGAAGCAGUAGUUCCAGCUCUAAGAUUAAAAGCAAAAAUGGCAAAAGUGUGUCUUCAUCUCACAGUUCCUCACACCACAAUGGGAAAUCUUCCAGUUCUUCUAGCAGUAGUUCAAAAUCGUCCACACAUGAGCCUAUCCCACCGACGGCAGAUUCCAGCAGCACGGUUUCUGGUUCCCGCGAUCACCAUAAGCACGAAUCUACGCCAAGUUCAAUUUCCCAGACAACCAGCAGUGGCAUUUUAGACAAGAAGGCCUCGUUCACCUCUACCUCGUCGGGUGUAAGCAGUGAUAGCACUUCCUCCAUCAACGCAUCGCCCUCGGGAAAGGCAGGAAAGCGGAGCAGCUCGAAGGUGGCUUCCUCCGCUUCAUCGUCGUCCUCAUCAUCCUCAUCCUCGUCGUCGUCAUCAUCUUCCUCUUCAUCCUCGUCCAGUACGACCAGUGGCAAUGGUAGCAGCAGCAGCAGUAGUAGUUCCAACUCCGCCACCAGUAGCAACAAGGCACAGUCUUCCACCACCGAUAGAAAAACCGACAGGCGGGAGUACGAUCCGGAUAAGCAUUGUGGUGUGGCCACCUCGGACGGAAAGCGGCACUGCACUCGUCCGUUGAACUGCAAGUCGCAUACAAUUUCGUCGCGGAGAGCUGUUUCCGGGAGGAGCAAAGCGUUCGAUAAACUUUUGUCGGAUCAGAAGACUGCCGUAUUAUCGAAAGAUGAUAGCUACAUCGAAGUGGAAUCAUCCAGCAACUCAUCUUCGGGCUUCGAAGUGCGUUCAGCAACUGCCGUUACAGAUCCCUCUUCUUUCGGUGGUGCAACCAAUGAAGUCUCUCAUCUCACAUAUACUCCGGAAAAAUCUAGUCCACGUAACGAAAGUGCACCAUCAACCCCAAGCAGUCUGAAAACUUCGAGCAGUUCCAGCAUUGCCUCGUCCCCGUCAGCGAAAUCGUCAGAAUCGAAAAGCGAACGGUCGAAACACAAAGCUCGUUCAUCUAGUUCAGCCACGUCUAAAAACAAUGUGUAUCACGAGCAAAAUUUAUCGCUGCAACUUCAACCAACUUUAGCACCGCCAUCAUCAUCUUCUACACCACCAGUUACUUCUGUUCAGUCCCAUCCAGUUAUGCAACAGCAGCAAAUCGCUAUCCCAGGGGCAGCGGAAAUUCUCGCGCAGCACUUCGUGGAGGAGAAUCCGAAUACGGUACUCUCCGAUGCCACGAUCGUUAUGGAUCCCAAUACAAACUUACUAAAACUGUCCGUUUCCGGUACUCUACAUCCGGCGCAUGAGAACGAAUCACCGGAAAAGUCCAUACAACAAUUCACCAACAACCUCAUGCAGGAACAGCUGACCGUUACUGUUCCCCUAUCUGUGAUAUCUUCGAUGAAUAUUUCCGGAACCAAUCUGGUCAAUGUGAAUGCCGGAAGUGACGAUCUCAAUGCCAUCGCAGCUACGACGACGGCUACCCUGAACGAUGGAACGACGGUUACAAUGCAUGCCGGAGAAAUACUGGCUGCCAAUGGCACUUCGAGUGAGGCGAGCUUGGCCGGUGCAGAGCAGUUCAUCCCGGCGGAACUGAUCAAUCAACUUCCGCUCGUACAGACAGCGGACGGCACUGAGAUACACGAUCCCAAUCAAUAUAUAACGACGGCCACUGGGCAAGAUUUGAGCGAACACACGUUGAUCACCAACUUUAACGAUCAGAUGAACUACACCAUUCAAACGUUGGCGCAGAACUUAAACGCAGAGCAAAUGGCCGGACAAGCACUACAAACAGAUCUAGCCGAAAGCAUAGACGACAUAGUACCAACCAUCAAUUUGCUUCCAACGGCAGCCAAUCCUCUGGUAUUACCACAACUGCAAGCCGACCUAGCGGAUUCAAUCAUACUUACUCCAAAUCAACUGACUACUAUAUCUCAAUCGCUAGUCGAUCAACAUUUUAUCGAAAAUGUUACAUUGAAACCGGAGUUGGACAUUCUUACCGUUAACACGCCUGUAGAUAUAUCCAAAUUGAACCUGUUAAGAACUGUAGACGAGGAAUUUAUAAAAGAGCGACAACAGCAACAGCAGCAGGUCAAUGCAAUGUACAGCGCACAAAUCGACGAAUACCGAGGAGUGAAAAUGUGGUACAGCAGUCUGCCCAAGCCUCUACACGUCAAUAAUUUCCAACUGCGGAAAUUGGGCGGAGGAUAUGUCGUCAACCGAAAGCUCCAGAACAUCCGCAAAAACCUAGUUAACGAAUCCAACAAUCUGGCCAAAACGCUGAACUCUCAGUUGUCACCCAUUGGUGGACCUCGUAGUGCGCUCAGCUUCAACACGUCUAGCGUCCGAUCCGGCGAUCUACUAUCCCCCAUCUCCGGAAUGGGCAAAAGCAAAGACACCAACAAUGGCUUAGGCCUUCCGGGUUCCCCGGUCGGUAACCGUCUAGGACAGGUGAACCGCGGUCAGCGACGGCUGAUACUGCCACAAGCUUCGAUCAAGAAACCAACUGAAAAGACUUCCUGCAUGCUCAGUAAUGCAUACUUUAGAAAUUUAAUCAGCUCAAUGCAACAGCAACAGCAGCAGUCGACGACUAGCCACCAUCAUUCGAGCAGUUCCCCGAACAGUUUGAAAAGACCUGCCUCUUCGCUAACCUCGCUGUCGAACAAACGCCUAAAGAUAAUCAACAAUCUGCAAAAUUCAACCGCCCCACCCCAGAUGUUGCUCCAGUGCAGCGGAAAAGUGAAGCCAAAAGUAUUAUAAUUAGUGAUUAGGAUCUACAAUCUCGACGGCUCCGGAGGCGAUACCGACGACAGCAAGUAGAGAGUUCAGAGAUCCUGACCAGUACCUAACACACACAACAAAUGGGAUAAAAGAAAUACACUUAUAGUCAUUCGAAUGCUAGACAGUUGCUGCUAUCUACAGCCCCGCUGUUGGCUCUAGCGCGUAAAUUGGAAAACUAUGGACUGAACGAAGUUAAAAUAAUGUUUGUCUCUACGUAUACAUAACCUAUAAAUAAUUAAUCAUGAUUAUUUGAGCAAAUACUAUGCUAGGAUAUAAAUGACACAUUUGGGGCUCUUUCCUCGAGGGAUAACCUUGAAUAAUACGUUGUAAUGUUUUAACAUUUCCUACUUGGAUUUUUGUUGCGAACAUUUUGUUUUCAUAAAUUAAAAAAAAUCGACGAUUGUAUUGGAACAGUUUAUUUAUUUUACGAAAAGAAAAUACAGGAAGAUUAGUGAAAAUUUCAUUUUUGUUCAUUUCUUAUCGCAAAAAGUUAAGAGUACCCUCUACGUAAAAUCCGAAAGUUUUGAAGUCACACUUGCAUUUGGGAUUUAUAGAACGCUAAGUUCUAAAUUGUGCAAAAAAAAAAACGGUUUAAAUCUGUGACGAACUCCGCCUAAUUUCGAGGUAUCAAUACAUCUUCUAUAUUAUCAGAAUCAGAAACUUAAUUAAACUCAUUUCAUUCAUUUCGAGUAACAACUUCUACAACCGUACUUAGGGAUUUUAGGUGGAUCACACUAGUGAGUAAUGAAACUUUUCACCGAUUCACAGUCCCAGGAGCAGGAAUACUCUAAUAAAUGUACCGCGUUUUGCUUCAAUUGGUGUUACACGCAGAUUUAGGUACUACCUAGUUAAAACGGAUGGCCGCCGAAUCUAAAAUGGCACUUGGAACUAAAUGCUUUGAAGCGUUUACUGGCUCAUGCAUGUCAUUCUGCCUGGUAAGUUGUUGAGAGAGGAAUCCUGUACAACCAAUCUCGCGAGGAAAACGUUGGCACAUAGUUUGUGAUUGAAACAAAUUCUUACAAAGAAUAUUGUGUGCAGUACCCGUUCAAGUAGCAGAAUGUCGUAUAAUAAACAUCUGAACAGUUAGAAACAAAAUGAGACAAGACUAAAAUAAAUGACGAAACUAUGAUUCUGCAAUUCAAUCUCUUUUUGUAAUGAGUCCAAAUACACAUAAAUCAUAAUCUCA